AUGUCCAGUGCGUCAACUAUCGCCUUUAACCGCAAGACAGCGACGCUCUACCUCCCCGCGGUGACCCUCGACGGCAACACGGAGGUGGUGCUUCGGAACUUGGUCGCCUACGAGUCAUCCGCCGCGUCGGGCCCGCUGGUACUCACGCGGUACACGGAGCUCAUGAACGACAUCAUCAACACGGACGUCGAUGUUCCACUACUCCGCAAGUGGGGCGUUGUGCUCAACCACAUGAAGAAAAGGGUCGACGAGGUGGCCAAGCCGUGGAACGACAUGAGCCGGCCGGUGCAGCACUCCAAGGUGCCGACCAUGGACAAGGUUAUCGAGGAGAUGAACCGCUACUACGAUGGUCGGUGGCGCAUCAAGACGAAGCAGUUCAUGCGCAAGUACGUGCUCAGCCCGUGGAAGAUGUUCACCUUCCUCACCGCCACCAGCAUGCUGGUGCUCACCACGUUGUAG